CCGCCCACCGCGCGCCACUCCACACCGGGAGCAGCGCGUGAGGCUGAUGCAGCCACAGAUGGAUGGAUCCGCGAGGGAGGAAAGAACCGGCGCCGUGACACAACUGGAGUAAAGAGGAGGCGGUCGGUGAGUACAACCGAGAGAACAAAUAUAGAGCAGAGAGGAGGAGGAAACAUCCCGCUGGAGGCUGCUUCAGUUCUGCCCGCACCGAUGUCCGAGGCCCGUCCGGUGCCUGAGACCGAGACGGAGCGCACUGGAGCGGCGGCUGGAGUGUUGAGCUUCGUGGGAACCUCUGGAGCUGUUCUCCGGGACUGAGACUCUGUGCAAGGACAUUGCAGCUCAUUCUUGUUGCUAUCGAAGUGGAAGUGGCUGCAUCCUGUGAUAGACCAGUGACCUGUUUUGCUGUCCAGCGAUGGAUUCCCCCACAGAUCUAUUUGACGAUUCUGCUCCUCACAUACAUUCUUUCGCUCCUGCUCUCAACUCAUCAGAUCUCCCCGGGGUUCACCCUCAGGCCGGUCGCCCUCCUCCGGCCUUCAGACCCCCUGGCUUCCCCCUCAUCCACCACCUCCUCCAGCCAGGCGGAGGCCACAGGAGGAUCGGAGGACUACUCAACCCAAACCUAAGCUCACAUAGACACCUGGAAGAUAGAAAUGUGGAGGAAGAGGAAGGAGUACAGGAUGGACAGGUGGAGCAAGGGUUGGAAGGAGGAGAGGAGGGAGUGAUGGAGGGAGAGGACAACUUGUUAGGGGUGAAGAAGAGGCACAGUGAUGCUGCCCUGACGGCCGAGUGGAGUCAAGACGUCCUGAAAGUGAAGAGGAUGAAGCUGGAAGGCCGACAGAGGGACGGAGAGGCAGAGGAGGGAGCCAAGAGGCGUGAGGGAGGGAGGGCAGGGAGGAGAAGAGAGAGGGAAGAGCUGAAGGAACAGCUGGAGGAGGCGAGAGAAAGACUGCAGGCGCUGCAGGAGAAAGUGUGGAGGGCUUUCGGGGAAAAGCACAUGGCGGAGGAGGAGAAGAAAAGGAAGCACAGCAACAGAAACAGCGGUGGAGGCGAUGGAGAUGUGGGGAUGCUGGAGGAGGAGGAUAUCACAGAGGGGAUGUAUGAUGAAGAGGACAUCGAUGGUGGAGAGAUGGAAAAGGAGUCUUUCUCUCUUCUCUCUGCUUCCCCGUUUGACAACUUCCACAAACGCAAAGAUGAUAAAGACAGAGAGGGGAAAAUGGAGAGAGGACGAAGAGGAGGAGGAGGAGGAGGGCUGCACUUUGAGGGUUUGAUGGAGGGAUCAGGGUUGUGGUUAGACUGUGGAGGGCUGGUGAGGGGAGACUGGGAGGGAGGGAUGGAAGACGAGGGUGAGGAAGGAGGGCAGAAGUUUGCUCAGGCUCUGAAGCUUGAGCUGGGCAGCGCCGUGGCCCGAGUCAUCGACCGAGUCCUCCGCCUUUACACCGAGAUGACAGACUUCACUCCUUCCUCCCCUCCGGCCGCCAUCUCUUUCCUCCCGUCAGAUCCGGGGAACGAGGGAGGCAAGGAGAGGGGAAUGUGGAUGGGGCUGUUAACGAGAGGAAGACGGGAGGAAACGGCGAGAGGGAAGGAGGAGAAAACAGGAGGGCAGGACGGAGAACGAGAGAAGCAGCUCCAGAAGAUGAGCAACGGGAGCUCGAUGCCUCCUGGACCGCCUCAUCGCACCGAACCGCCAGAUCUGGGGAUGCCAUUGGCUGUUCAGAGGUCAUCUGACACACGAAAGGCCUACCCCCUCCUCGGCCCCCCUCUCUCGACUCACCUCAACCCCUCUCACCCAAACCUCACCCUGCAUCACCCCUCUUUACCUCGUCCUCCUCCUCUUUCCCACCCUCCCCUCUUGCCUCCAGCUUCACAACCCAAGGACCCUUCCUCCUCCUUCCACCCAUCUUCAUCCUCUUCCUCAUCGUCCUCAUCUUCCUUUCCCGCGCCUCCCCCACCUCCUCCCCCGCCCCCGCCUCUCCCUCUCCCGUUGCUGCACUAUUCAAUGCAGCAGCUCUUCUCGCGCUCGCUCCACCACCAUCAACUCCCCCACCUCCCGCCGUCCCGCAAGGACUAUUUGAACUCCGACCCUUUCCUUGAGUUUUCGUCUCACCCGUCGUCUCACCCGUCCUUCCCCCCUCUCCCUUUGCUGGGUCACCUGGACCCGUCACUUGUUCGCCACGGAGGCCGAGAGAGGGAGAGAGGGAUGAGGGGAGACGGGGGCAUGAGAGGAGGCGGGGGGAUGGACGGGGGAGAGCUCUACCUGACAGCUGGGGGGACCCAAGAGGGCUUGUCUCCCUGCCAUCUGAAGAAAGCCAAGCUCAUGUUCUUCUACACUCGGUAUCCCAGCUCCAACACCCUGAAGACGUACUUCCCUGAUGUCAAGUUUAACCGCUGCGUGACCUCCCAGAUGAUUAAAUGGUUCAGUAACUUCAGAGAGUUCUUCUACAUCCAGAUGGAGCGAUUUGCUCGCCAGGCUGUCCGAGAGGCCCUCACCCGGGACGGCGCACCUCGUCUGGGCCGGGAGAGUCAGCUGCGAGUCGGCCGUGACACGGAGCUCUACCGCAUACUGAACAUGCACUACAAUAAGAGCAACAUCUACCAGGUUCCUGAGAGGUUCAUCGAGGUGUCCGAAGUGGCUCUGAGAGAAUUUUAUUCUGCCAUUUGGACCGGGAGGGACAGCGACCCCUGCUGGAAGAAAGGAAUCUAUAAAAUCAUCUGUAAACUUGACAGUCCUCUGCCGGAUGCGUUCAGGCUGCCCGGCUGUCCGGUCGGCUGAUUCCUGAACCGUUUCACAAAAAUGCACAAAUGCAUGCGAUUUACUUUUAAAAAAAAGAAAGAAAAUUUAUCAAAGCAUUCAUCAACUGUGAGAACUGCUACGAGGCUCACUCCUACAAUCCACCUCAUUCACAUAGAAGAAAAUAAAUCCUCAUGACACGGUGUGCGGAGGAAGACACGUAACAUACAUGCUUAAACCGACACGCACGCUGACACUCUGUAAUAAGAGUCUUGUGACUGGAACAUUGAAUUGGACAGAGCAGGAAUUCCCUCUGCAAACAUUCCUCAGCAGUCAGUUGACUUGUGCUUCUUGCAGGUUUGUUUAAAGUAAAAUACAGAGGUGCUGCAGCUCCACAGACUGUUUCUGCAAAUGAGGAAAUAUGCAUAGCUGCUGUGUGUGUAUGUGUGUGUGUGUGUGGUGUUUUGCAGAUGAAAAUAUAUGCAUCCCCUUGUAAAUUCCAUGACAAAACGCUCCUCUAUGCAUCCGCUCAGUGGUUUAAAUGUUUGGAAUACUUGCAGACAAAGUUUCCUCUGAGCUAAGAGCAGAAAAAUUCCAGCUUCCUGACAAACAUUUAAAAAAGAAAAGCAGUGAUAAACUUGCACAGUGACACCCAGACCAUUCAGUGCUGCUCUGCCUCAGUGGCGUUCUUUGUUAAAUAUAUGAUUGUUUGCUCAAUAUUACCUUUUAUUGUUGCCUUGUGUGUGUGUGUGUGUGUGUGUGUGUGUGUGUGUGUGUGGGCUUCUGGAUGCUUUUUCCAUUUUUUUCUGAAAUUUUCUCCAACAUCCGAUCUAAAUUUUUGUAUACAGGCUAGAAAAUCUUCACCAAAAAGCAGCUGUUAGUUGUGUAUUUGUAAGAAAAAGCCCUCGUUUCUGGUCAGUAUUUUCAAAUCGGUGGGUUUCUUUCGCUUGUACAUCCAUCUCUCUGUUCAGUAUUAAAUUAUUAUAGAGUUUUUGUACAUGACGGCACCAUGUAAUCAGAGUGUAAGUACAAUUCUGUCAGGAGGGACAGUAUAUUGAAUUUAAACUUUAAAUGUUUUGUUGUUUCCUUGAUGUACUCUUAUCGUUGAAACGUUUUCUUUUAAUGUGACGCUUGACUAAAUAGGCCACUCGCACAAUUCGUGUAUUUGUUUCCCCGAGGAGGAAACUUCUGCUCGAGCUGCUGUAUAUCACGACCCUUAUCUUGAAGAAAGCCGAGUUUGUGUUCAUGAAAAUGUUGGUGUUUUUUGAAGUGCAUGUUUCCUAGAUUUGCAGUUUUUAUGGCAUCUUCUGUUUCUCUCAUCUUUUCUAUUGUACAUAUUCUUCACUGUAGAAUCUGUGCCUCAUUUACGACUUUGGUGAAUUUUGAUGUUUGAACUUAUCGGCGAAUUAAAGUGAUACCAGGCUUGUGUCAUGA